UAAAUUCACAACACCGAACUUCCACCAACACCUAUAGAUGGCGCCAGGUUCGCCACCUUAACCUCACUUUUUUACCAAACAAUAAAUCAACGAACUGUUAUAAUAAAAAUGGUGAAAGAUACGACUCCAAUAAAGAAAAAACGUAAAACAGCCAACAGCGGUGAUAACGAUGCCGAAACCGACAUAUACAGGAAAGUUGUUGAAUUCGAGGAGAAAGAAUCUAAAUUGCGGUCUUCAGAAGGAGAUGCGCAAAUUUACUCGAACAUAUGCGCGGACAUACGUAAAAAACUCGCGGAAAUGAUGGAAAUAAACUCGGAAGUCAAACAGGAGGGUCAACGUAAGCAAGAAUUGUUACUUGAUGUUUGUUUGAAGAUCGCUGUUAUUAAGAAGCUGAAUAGGGUGGAUAAAAUCCAGCAUGUGUUCGGGAAGGAUUUGCUGAACGUUGAGAAACAAAAAUGCGACUCAAUUAAGUUGGUUUAUCAGAAUUUGGUGUAUGAAUUAGGUCACUUAAUGCACGAAGUUACUAAAUGUAAUUCUUUUAAGUCUAAACAUGAGGAUAUUGACUUGAUUGACUUCAGUGAUUUUAUGAAAGGGGCUCCCAGUGAUAUUACUGAUAAAUUUAAGAAUGUCGAUAUGAAUAAUAGUGAGGAUUUGCAUAAUUUAACUUUAGCUAGGUUGGAAUAUGAGUUGCAGCAACGAAAAUCGUUGGCAAAAUCUUAUGAAACUUUGCAGGAGGAAAAGAAAAAACUUGCUGAAGAUAUUGUGGAAAGGAAAAAAAAGCUAGAUGGUUUACUACCACUAUUAAACACCAUAAUAAAUGCUACAAAACCACUACAAGAAUACUUGAACAUACCAAUUGACAAAGUAAGGGCUGAACACAAGUUGGCACAGCUAUUACCAGACCCUCUGUAUAUAUUUUAUGCUAACGUGGUUGCCUACAGCAGUGUACAUGAUGUUAAUUUAAAGGCUAAUAUACUGGGUGAUCAGGAGGAAGCUGCCCAGUUUAAUGAAAAUGAGUGUAAUAAUGAGGAAAUCGAGUCUGACGGUGAAAAUGAAACACAGGAAACAGAGGAGGUGGUAGAAGUUAAAAAACGCCGCCACAGGAAAUCUGUGCAAGUAGAUCCAAUGGAGGAAAAGAAGAAGAAGAUACUUGAACUUCAUCCUUUGUCAGUUGAAGUGACUUUGGAUAUAAAAGACGUCCCAAGCAUAACAUUGCUUCUGAAAUACUGUAUGAAACUUAAAAUAGUCACUGUCACAUCAAAAGUUAACCUACCAAGUGACAUAACAGGUAACUGUGCCCAAGAAAUCUUGUCAGGGGAAAACAUUCUUAACGAGUUAACUCCAGGCGAUUUUGGCCUUGAAAGCCCUAAUCCUGGAACCCCCUACCUACUGAAAAAAGUUGGUCUGGGCUCAUUUAGAAAUCUUGUAUCUCAAUUGGGCUACGCCUACAAAUGGGUGCAGACUUGCUGUGGUUUGGAUUUUUUGGACAAAAAGGCUUGGAAUGAGGAAAUUGGCAGGGCAAAUGUUGAGUUUGUUUUUAAGACUUUAAAUAAAAGGUUGACUUCUAGAACUACUUUAGCUAAGCAGCUGGAAAAGUUAGAGCAAAAAAGUAUACCACAAAUACCAGAUUCUAUAGAAAAGCCGCAAAAUGUUAUAUCAAAUUUAACGAAAUUUGGUUCUACCACUUAUCAGGAUUUUUGUAUGGCUAAACAUACAAAAGCCCUUCUUGAUGAGGACUUUAUAAAUCCUUCCGAUUUAUUUUUUACUGCUACAAUAAGCAGAAGCUCAGCCCAUCUAAACUGUUUUAUUGUAAUCAAAAACGAUUAUCCCAUAAGUCAACCAAUAUUUUCCUUAAAUUUAAUAUUCAAUAAACAGAAUUUAAGUGCGGAAAAUUCCGAUCAAAUAAGAGAUAUGGAAAAAGCUAUUAAUCUGGAAAUAAAACAUGAUUCAGCAAGUUUAUUAGCCAUCAAAUUCACUUUUUUGUGCAGUUAUUUAGAUGUUCUUUUGGAAACCAAUUUCCCCAAGGAUUUCCCACAAAGUACCAUGUUUUUAAAGAACAUAAGCGGAAGAAACAGAAGAAAUCCAUUUAAAUUUAGAAAAAUUGGAACUGGAAUUUUUACGCAGUAUUGAUCAUUAAUUGUUGGACAACAUUCUCAAAAUAAAACAAAUUAAUUUAAAUAAAAAAUAGUUUUAUUCAAUACAAAAAAUACAUAAAUAAAAAACCUAUUAAAACUAAGCUUUAAAAACCACAGAAUCACACUCCAAAGUUUUUAAGUUUAAAGCAACAGCUUGAAAACUUCCACAGAACUCUGGAAUACUUAUAAGCCUAACUUUUUGUCCUUCUGGGCCUUUAACCAUUUUACUGGAAAAUUUUUCUUGGUUGCCAGCAAAAAACACAUGAGGGCAUUUUUCGAUAAUGAAAGGAUCAUUUUCGUAGAAUGGAAAACAUCCUAAUGUGUCUGGACAUGUGGGGGCCAAGUGAUUCCACUUAAGGCAAUUUUCCAGGGCAAUUAAUGGGUCUGUUAUAUCCGAAUACCUAAGAAUAUCAGUUAUUGGUUGCCCUGAUGUUCCCAGUAUGUUAACAUUGUUUACAGAGCAAUUAUAUGGGUUUGGGACAAGAUUUAAUGUUUUGUAUUCUAUUGAUUUAGGAAACAUACAAAAAUGCAUUUGUUUCUGGGGUAAUAUGUGAUUUGAAGGAUCGUUUUCACCUGGCAUUAAGUCAACAUCUAUCACUUGACAUAACUGCAUUAAAAAUGUAUCCAAAACUUUCACAGCUUCAAUAGUAUGAGCAUUUUCUGAUACUCUUGAUGUCAUUGAUAUUGUUUGUUGUUUCUGUGUGUCUUUCUUAGUUCUCACACUAUUUCCAGCAAUUAUUACUCUUGCUAUUUUACUUACAUCAUUUGAAUCAUCAUUUAUUAACCCUGAAAUGUAGAAAUUAAAGAGUUCUAAGUUUACAGCAAAAUUUUGUUGAUUUAUGAAGUCCAAUCCACUUAGAAACACUAUGAAAUGAGUUUCUGUGCUCAUGGGGCGCUCAAUUUGUUCUCUGAAGUCAGCAAAUGUGUAAUCUUCAACUAAAAACUUGCCUUUCCCAGCAUCCGUACCCAAUAGGGCACAUGUAAUACCA